AUGGAUGUACCAGAGGGGAAUGGAAACCCUUUGGGCAAUGGACUCGGUCGAGCUAGGCAACCUCGACCGAUUGGUCUAGGAGAUGCUCCAAACCGCCACAAACAGAGACAAGGGAUUGUUCCACCACCAGUGCAGAACCACAACUUUGAGAUCAAGCUGGGAAUGAUCAACCUUGUUCAGAACAAGAUGUUCCAUGGAUUGCCAAGUGAAGACCCCAUUGACCACCUUGAUGAGUUUGAUAGGCUUUGCGAUUUGACAAAGAUCAAUGGUGAGUGGUCCACCCAAAUCGAUGUGGACAUCGAUGACGAGGAAGGGGAGGAUUUGGUCGAGUAUGCUGACAUCCCAACACCUAACUCGAUCGAGCCGGAACAAAACACUGAACCAAAGCUCGAUCAAGCUGAGGAAACUGAAACUCAGCAAGACAAACCGGAACUCGAUCAAGGCAAGAAGCAAAGAGACAAAGCAAGUUCUAGCCAACCAACUAAACCUGUUGCAAAGAAGAAGGACACCCCAUCAGGACCACCUCCGUACAAACCACCUCUACCUUUUCCAGGAAGGAGCAAGAUUUCUGGUUUCAAGCAAGAUUCAAUGGAGUCAUUCUAUGAAGCUUUGGAGAGAUUCAAGGAGUACACAAGAAGCUGCCCUAACCAUGGCUUUUCAGAAGGUAACCUUUGGAACAUCUUUUACAAUGGGAUUGAUCAUAAAUACAAGCUUUCUCUCGAUACCGCGAGCAAUGGUAAUUUCAUGACCAAGUCGGUGCCGGAGGCUAAGCUUUUGAUUGAGAAUCUCGCUGCUAGUGAUGCCAAUGCGUGCCCUGACUACAAUAGAGGCGUGAAGACCACGAGCUCAUCAGAAUCAGCUCAAAUCUCGGAGCUAAGGAACAUGGUUUCACAACUACUCAAAAGCCGACAAGGAGUUCACGCCAUUGAAGAUGCCCUAGCCACAAAUGAAGACACUCUUAUGGAUUUCAUGAGAGAUGGCGCUGAAGAGAAUCUAGAGGAAGUCAACUACAUUGGAGGAAACUAUGGGAAUAGAGGAUUCAAUCCACCAUUUCGCGCGCAUCCAAACCUAUCAUACCGGAGCAACAAUGUGGAGAAUCCAAAUGACCAAGUCUACCCCAAUCAAGGAGCGUAUCAAGGAGGCCAAUACCAAUCCAAGCCACAACAAGUCUAUCCAAGAGGGAUGUACCAAGUGAAGCAACCAUUCACUUUUUCUCAAGAAACAAAUCCAACCCAAACCGGAGAGAAGUUGACGUGGCUUUGA